AUGGAAGAGCGCAAUGAUCAACAGACAGCAGGUGGUGAAGGUGAAUAUACAGCAGCUAUGGGCGGGCAAUGGGUCGGACUAGGGCAGGCUGACUGCAGUCAAACCGCAGCUCCAGCAAACGAAUAUGGAAUGUACGGCUUCGUUGAUCCCAGCCAUCAGAUGCCUCACGACCAGCCGGUGCCGUUUAGGCUUCCAGCCGGAGGCCCGGGUUCUCACAGCUUUUACUCUUCCUUUCAGCAGUGGCCUGUAGCUGCUUCGGCGCCACAAGCCAUGGAGCCUAUUCCUGCUGUUACAAUUCCUUCUGCCACAUCGACGGCACCGAUACCGCAUAGGAGGACCUCCUCGACAGGGACUGGUAGCUCUCGAAGAACCUUGACAGAUGCUGACCGAAGGAGAAUGUGUCUGUAUCAUGAACAGCACCCACAUGUAAAGCAAACCGAGAUUGGAGCUAUGUUUGGUGUUGAAAGAAGUACCGUUUCAAAAGUUUUACGUCAAAGAGAAAAGUAUCUGUAUCCCGAUGACGGGCCAAAGCAGGCGAUCAAAAGACCAAAGGGAAAGUGCCCUGAUUUCGACAGAGCGUUAUCGAAUUGGGCCAAGAACGAAAAGAAGAAAGGCCGAAUUCUAACCGAUGAAAUGAUUCGAGAAAAGGCCAACUUCUUUGCCCAGAGCUGCGGCGUUACGGACAGCCAAUUCAAAUUGAAUUUGGACAAGUUCAAGCUCAAGAACGAUCUCGCCACCUACUCGGAUGGUGAUAUUGUCCAAGAUAUGGAUAGGAUCAGGUCACAGCUCACUACCCCACUUCAUUCGAGACAUAGUUCGUUCUCGAGGGAGGGGAGCUUGAACUCUUCGCAGGAAUCUCAUGCCCGAGAGGGGGAGUAUAGACACGCGAGUAUGGCUUCUGGAUUCGACACUCCUGUUGUAAUUUCCCCUGGCCUAACGACACCAAUCUCACCAUUCUUUCCACCGACAGAUCCAAUGCUGUUUUCAUCCGGACAGCUUCCACCCAUCCAACAGCAAAGCCGACCCCGAUCCCACACAAUACCGACAGGAGUAUUAGAGAAUGUGUAUAUAUCGCCACCACCAUCAGCCUCAGAGUCCCUCUCACCAAAGCAAAUGCACCACCCAAUCCAUCUCAUGCCCACUAAUCUAGCAAACACAACAAUCCCAGAAGAAACGGCAGAUGCUCUCCACGAACACAGCGGUCCACUUCCACCUCCCGGCCAUAUGGCAGCAGCCGCGUACCAGAUAGCCCGAUCUAGAAGUCUAACCGUGCCCUCACAGGAAGAAGCUACCAGAGCGCUAGAGGUGGUCAUGACCUUCCUCAAACAAAAUCCAACAGCUGAACCCAACGAUUUCGUGACCGUCGAAAAGCUCAUGGACCGGAUUGGUAAUAGCUCAGACGCACCAAUGCAAACCGAUUCGUUCAAUUCAACCAGCUCCAGCAUGCUCCGAGAGCCAACGGCUGCUGCCUCAUGCAACUAA